CUUUUUUAUGAUGCCCUGCGACAGUUUGGACACGGGGAGGGCCACUGGAUAUGGAUGGUGUGAACUUUGCAAGGGAAUUGUUUUGAACCGUAUCGGUGGCAUCGGGUGAAGUUGCCGGGGCCGACGUGGCCGCAGCUAUGAUGACGCAUUUUUUGGUGGCACAUUUUGAUGUUUCUUUUUUGGUAUAUUUUUAUUUGUAUAAAUGAGGAUAGUAUUUUGAGGCAAUCAGUUUUUUCAACGGGAUAUGAGAGAUAUUGGUUUCGAUUGUGUUCUCUUGAUUUGAGUAUCAGUCAGUGGUUUAGUGUUUGGAUUUCCGUUUUUCUUCUUUUUAUGUUUGUUGAAGGUUGUUUGUGGUUUUCUAAGUUGUUGAUAGAAUGAAGUGGUAGGGGUUGCAUGUAUUUAUACGGACUCGAUUGUGCGCAGUUUAGUAAGUAGGAAACAACUUCACACUCGAAGGCAGUGAAUUGUUCGAUUCCAACGGGUUGGGGCCGGAGGAGACCAAACUAUGAAAAUCGCAGCUCAACUAGAACCGGCCUUCUGAGCCUGAGCUUGAGCUUGGGAUAUCAAAAAAGGAACAACACAAACAAGAUAAUGGAGGGACGAUGCUAUCGUAUAUAAUCGUAUAUAUAUAUAACUUUUGGGAGUGGGAUUCGUUAUAGUAUAGGUCUGGUUUCGCCGAAUUUUGGUGGAUAUUGUCAGAUGUAUAGCUAUGUUUCUGAGAGUAAACGACGAGUUGGAGAAGGAGGAUUGCCGUUAGGAAAAUGGCAUAUUAUAUAUAUGUAUAGUUUUGAAGGCGGCAGCGACGGAUAGUUCCCGAUAGUACACAUCGGGUUUGUCCUGUCAGUUUGUCCCCCUUCGUCUGUUGUGACAAUGCUUGCGUUGCGGGAGUUUCCUGCUUCUUUCGCUUCGCCAAUUUCCCCGAACCCGACCCUUAUUUGUAUUGUGUCAAUGAUGCCUCCCCCUAGCACGAGUUUAUAUAUAGCGAGGGAAAUUCCGGGCACGCAGAUCAUUGCUCUGCACAUCCUCGCGGCCCGAGCAUCACUGCCUUCCUUCUUCCCCUGUAUAUCUGCCAGUGGAUUCUCCCCUUCGGCAUUAACGGUAUAUGCUAAGCAUCCUCUUUUUCCCCACUUGCAGGAGUGGUACAUGUGUACAAUUCGAAUAAAAUGUAAAUCGCUAUAUUUCGAGAACGUUCCCUAGAUAGACUGGUUGGUUGAAUCCAAUAAUGCCCAUUUUCAAUCCACCUCAUUGGGAAAGUUUGACAAGCCGGAUUGAUCGAAAAUCUGAAAUAAAUUUCGCCCACCAAGGCGGU